AUGCUUGCCUCUCUAGUUGCUGCUGUGCUUGCGACUACCUCCUGUGCAUCCGCUGCCUUGACCUGGUCUUUGGACAAGUCCGCCAAUCCAUCUGACGACGAAUCCGAUGCCUACAGCCGGAUUGAAGCAGCAAUGGAGGCGGCCGUCGCCCGUUACGCCCGCCUUGGUGAUGCCAGCAAGUCGAUAUAUGUCUACUACGUCCCCGGCGUCCCGACCGCCGAAGCAAGCUACGAUGGCACUAUUCGAUUCGGUAGUGAUCGCGCCUAUAUGAACGAACGCACGGCACUGCAUGAGAUUUCGCACACUCUGGGCGUUGGACAGACAGCUGCCUUUGAUCAGCAAUGCGCGGACGGUGACUGGCCUACUGCCCUUCCUCUCCUUCGAUCGUGGGACGGCGCAGAUGCCGUCAUCAACUGCGGUGGGGGUCACUUUUGGCCGUAUGGACUGAACUAUAAUGACGAAUGGAGCGAGACCAACGGCGAUCGAAAUCUACUUACUGCCUUUAUCCCCCCAUACUAUGUCAGCAGAAUACCCGAGAAUAAUUGCGUUGUUCGGUAA